AUGGAGCUGGCUCUGCAAAACCACCCUAGGAGGAGACACACCUGCUUCAGCUGGUUGAGGGAACAACAGGUUUCCCUGGUGUUCGCCAAGCGGAUCUACUUUGGUCUGGGCAUCGUGGGUGGAGCGCGUACGCGCGGAGUGCGCUCUGUUCUACCAGCCAGAUCCAUCCUCCUGGAUGGCUGUAGUCACUCGGUAAGGAUUGUGUGGAGGAUGACCUGGAGUUCUUACUCCAGGAGGAGUUUCGAGUUUGACAGUCCAGGGCUGGACGGCAAACCAAUGGACGACGCCGCGCUUCAUGGCGGCAGGCAGCCUACCUAUGGGCCAGUGGACCGGCGUCAAGAAGCUGGCCUCCAUUUUGGAUCCAUGCCAUAUCGCUGGUUGAUGAACGGCAAGGGGGUCCGUUGGUGUAGUGCCAGAAUUCAUCGCACUCGAAGAGUUCUCAGCAAGUCAGGGUUAAAGUGUGAAAUGACAAACUUCAGGAAAGACCUGAGUGUAUUUGUGUGUACAGCGUACAGUGAUGAUCAUGCUCAGGAAAUCCAAGACUUUGUAGCAGAGGGAGGAGGCCUGCUGAUUGGUGGACAUGCCUGGUACUGGGCACAGACACACCCAGGGCAAAACCCAUUGACAGAUUUUGCAGGGAACAAGAUCCUGAACAAAAUGGGCUUGAGUCUGUUGGGGGCCACAGUCACAGGAGGUUUGUACAAGGCCCCGGUGCCCAGCCAGGCCAUCAAAGACACCUACCACUUCCGCCACCUGCUACACCGCUUUGCUGGUCAUGUAACCCAGGGGACAGAACUUAGCAAGCAUGAGGAGGAAUGCCUUAAAAAACUGGGCAAGGACUGUUCCACCUUCUUGCACAUGAAGGCUCACGACUGCUCCUCCUAUACACAAGUGGUGUCCACUCUCACCGACAUCUUGAAGAAGACGGGCAUGCCACAGGUGUGUGACAGCUGCCCUGUGAAGAGUCCCAAAGACCACCUACUCCUAAGUGUGGGGGCAGAGGUUUUAAAGGUUUGCCCAAAUCCUGAUGCUGCUCCUGCCCUAACCUCAUCAAGCAUAACCCCAAUGAUGCCAGUUGUCUACAACCAGAAAAUCAAGAUUAAUGCAAACACUGCAGGAGGGGAGGAGUGGGUCAGUACAGGUCUCUACCUCUCUCCUGGUAUGAAGACCUACAUGGCCAUACCAGCAGAGCUUGUCAACAAGGAAUGGAAGAUCCAGAUAGGCUGUCAGACAGACAGACUGAAUGCUGCAGAGUUGAAAAGAGCACCAUGUGUCCAUGAGCGAUUUCCUGUUACCACAGAGAUGGUGCAGGUGUGGAACCUGUGGGGGGGACUCAUCUACCUGGUAGCCCCACCCAAAACACAAGUGGAGGGUGCAGAGGUCAUAGUGCAGAUGGCUGUACCUGCACCAUAUUAUAAAACAGGUGUGACAACAGCCGCU